UCGCUUCUCCUCCAGUCUCUCCAAGCGAGAUGGCUCCAGCAGAGGAUGCAGGACCGACUGAAGUAUGUGAGGAGUUGGACCAGGUCAUCCUCCACCUUUUUGAUACUCUGGAGAUGCUCCAGACCAAGAGGAAAACUUUUAACAGCUUGAUAGAGCAGGGUUGGUUCUCGCUCUCCAAGUCCCGCUAUGCCAUGGGUAACAAAUCUGUCUCUCCCCUUCAGUAUGGACAUCAGAUGACUCCAAUGGUUCAGGUGAAAACUAGUAAGAAAGACAAUGGUCAGAUGGGGUUUCAUGUGGUCUCAGAGGAUGUGAAGGCUACCAAACCAACAGCUACAGAUGCUGUGGAGGAAAUUGGCCCUUGUGAGCAAGUUCUACGAUGGCGAAAAGGUCCAGGGAAAGCACAGGCUCCAGCCCAGCCCCCCAAGGCCUCCUGCAAGGCUGCUGAGGGAUCAGGGCAUCAAAAUCCCCUGGCGUGGUUUGGAAUCCUUGUGCCCCAAAGCCUCCGACAAGCCCAAAGGACUUUCCAAGAAGGAAUUCAACUGGCUGCAGAAAUUGCCUCAUUGCAGAGUGACAUUGAGAGCACACAGAGACAUUACCAUGCAUUGCUGGAGGAAAAGCACAAACUUGUAGCAAGGGAAAAGUAAUGCUGCCCUUGAACAGCUAUGGCCAUCUCUCUGCUGGGAGCAUAGAUAUAAGAAUGGGGCCAGUAUUUAUUGGGAUGCAUCCCAGAAGCCGCUUGCUCCAUGUAUAUUUUUAGCUGUACUUAAUAAAUAAGGGGUUCAGAAAUGUCUGGAGGCCUUGUUUGUGGA